CUGGGCGAAGGGGGCGGAGCCUUGGCGUGGAGCGGCCAAUAGUGGGGGUGGCUGCGUGGGUCGCCAUGGGGACGGGGCUGUUCCCGAGGAGGCUGUGAUGGGUUGACAGGUGCGUGACAGUGGGAGCUGCUCUCGGCACAAGCAUGUACGGCAAAGGCAAGAGUAACAGCAGCGCCGUCCCGUCCGACAGCCAGGCCCGGGAGAACUGGAGUGAGCUUGAACCAAUGACCUGGAGGUCUCCAAUUUUGAUCUUCAGUAUUAAUUUUUCUUCAUGGCAUAUCAAGUUAGCACUCUACGUAUAUGAAUAUCUGCUCCAUGUAGGAGCUCAGAAAUCAGCCCAAACAUUUUUAUCAGAGAUAAGAUGGGAAAAAAACAUCACGUUGGGGGAGCCACCAGGAUUCUUACAUUCUUGGUGGUGUGUAUUUUGGGAUCUCUACUGUGCAGCUCCAGAAAGACGGGAAACAUGUGAACAUUCAAGUGAAGCAAAAGCCUUCCACGAUUAUAGUGCUGCAGCAGCUCCCAGUCCAGUGCUAGGAAACAUUCCCCCAGGAGAUGGCAUGCCAGUAGGUCCUGUACCACCAGGGUUCUUUCAGCCUUUUAUGUCACCUCGGUACCCUGGAGGUCCAAGGCCCCCAUUGAGGAUACCUAACCAGGCACUUGGAGGUGUCCCAGGAAGUCAGCCAUUACUUCCCAGUGGAAUGGACCCAACUCGACAACAAGGACAUCCAAAUAUGGGUGGGCCAAUGCAGAGAAUGACUCCUCCAAGAGGAAUGGUGCCCUUAGGACCACAGUCUGACCCUUGGUUAUCAUUACAGAACUAUGGAGGUGCAAUGAGACCCCCACUGAAUGCUUUAGGUGGCCCUGGGAUGCCCGGAAUGAACAUGGGUCCAGGUGGUGGCAGACCUUGGCCAAACCCAACAAAUGCCAAUUCAAUCCCAUACUCCUCAGCAUCUCCUGGGAACUAUGUAGGUCCUCCGGGAGGUGGAGGGCCACCGGGAACACCCAUCAUGCCUAGUCCAGCAGAUUCAACCAACUCUGGAGACAACAUGUAUACUUUAAUGAAUGCAGUACCUCCUGGACCUAACAGGCCUAAUUUUCCAAUGGGCCCUGGUUCAGAUGGACCCAUGGGUGGAUUAGGAGGAAUGGAGUCACAUCACAUGAAUGGCUCUUUAGGCUCAGGAGAUAUGGACAGUAUUUCCAAGAACUCUCCCAAUAAUAUGAGCCUGAGUAAUCAACCGGGCACUCCAAGGGAUGAUAGCGAAAUGGGGGGAAAUUUCUUAAAUCCUUUUCAGAGUGAGAGUUAUUCCCCUAGCAUGACAAUGAGUGUGUGAUCCAUUACCAAGUCUCCUCAUGAAAACCACAGUGAGUCAGCCCUUCACAGAACUACUAGGGAAGAAAAUUAUUCAUCACAGUGUACAGUUAAACAAAGGAAUCUCAGUCACACCAAACCAACCUUUUUAUUUCCUGCUCUCUCCCCUAUUUUGUGAAGAAAGCGGGUCCAAACGUGAUUCAAACAACUGUACGGAGCGGCAUAUUAGAAUUGCCCUAAAAUGAACUGCAAAUAAUUAUCUGUGUAUGUAUAUGUGUGGGAAAGAGGAUGUAUUGUAUAUGUGUAUGUUAUAUGGACAUAUACACAUGCAUACAUUGGCCCACAGGACAUUGUAAAAUACUAUCAUAUGACAUCUUAAGUAGAAAUGAGUAGGGACUUUUAUUCCAUCCUUUUUUUUUCACGUUUACAUUUUAAUUAUUAAAAGUUGCUCCUGCCCCUCCCUGAACUAUUUUGUGCUGUGUAUAUCACUGCUUUAUAUAAGUUAUUUUUUAAGGUGAACUCAGAUGUUAUGGUUUUGUAAAUGUCUGCAAUCAUGGAUAGGAAUAAAAUCGCUUAUUUGAGAGCUUUCAUUAAAUCGCGUCUGAUGCAAGUUACCCUGUGAAUCACAAAGUGUACUCUUUCAAAAAAAAAAGAAGAAACUGUCUUCAUCUUUAUGUCAAAUCAAGCAAUUUCUCAGUUACCUUUAGUGAAAAUAUUUUUGUACCUUUUGUUUUAAAAAAAAAUACAUCAACAAAAGCUUAA